AAAGCAAGGCAGACAAAGCUUCAACUGCAACCUUCUCUUUUCCCCCAAACCUGAGACAUUCGUGGCACCCACUAACUAUUGGUGAUUGGAGCCAUGAGGGAGCCUGUGAGCAGCCAGUAUAGCUCCUUUCUCUUCUGGAGGAUGCCCAUCCCUGAACUGGACCUGUCUGAGUUGGAAGGCCUAGGUUUGCUGGACAUGGCCAUCUAUAAGACCCAAAGCAGCAGCAGUGGGAAACUGACCAAGGAUGAGCCAAGUGGAGCUGCUCAGAAGAGUGGUCCUGAAAGCGAUGCCCUCCAUGAAUUCAGCACUUUCAACUUCUGGAGAGCCCCUAUUGCCAGCAUCAACUCCUUUGAGUUAGACUUGAUUUAAGGCUAAAAUCUUCAUCACUAUUCCUGUAUUUUCUUCUUUGGCCCCUUCCUUCCUCCCUAUCUACACUUUUUAGCCCUGCUCUCCUUGCUUCAUUGUGUUGAGGUGGUGCUAAAACCUGCCAUGGAAUGGCUAUUUAUUUAUUAUUAUUUAUUUCCCUCUGUGUCACGUCCUACCUAUGCCCCUUCCCUACCAAGUCCUUCAAAUCAUUUUGGAAGAGGUAUGGUUAUUCAAACAAAAAGUCCUAGGUACUCAAAUUCCAAAACAAGUCUGACUGGGGGGACAGGCACAAACCAACCCCUACUUGUAACCAAAGAGCAGUAGUGAGAGGUAUAGCAAAUUGAUUUCUGACCGAAUGUUACCAGCUUUAUAAUCUAUUAGCCUUUCUUGACUCUACUCCUAGGUCAAUUAGUAAGGGUGGCUUUCUCAACAAUCAUUAAAAAUUCUGGGUUUUUAAAUUUGGGAUUGUACACCAUAAAAAGGUGAAGUCUGUUUCAAACAAUAAAGUAGCCAAGUCUCUUCACAUAGAGAGACAGACAGAAGUCAAGGGUGAAGAUUUAAACCCAAAGGCAAUAUAUGUUGAAAAAUAAGAACAAGUGAAAACACUUUAGCAAAUUCAGAAAUUGAAACUUCAAUGAAGCUACAGUAUUUUCUUUUCUCUUCAAGAUUUCUCUUUCUCAGCUUUGUUCUUAAUUGAAGGUCAUGGGUAGGGCUACAGAAAGUUCACUAAGAAAACACACUAAAAUCUCAAACUUUUUAGCUGUUACUUUAUGACAGUCCCACAGGGUUGGGAAAGCAAGUCUUUAGCCUGUUGUCUUUAGCUCCAUCUGGUGACCUACAGUCUCAAUGGACCCCAGCUUCAACUCCUGUAGACUCUACCAGCCCUGUAGUCUCAAAUGGUUCAAGUACCUUGAGGGCAUAAAAUGAGCUGAUGGAUACCUUCUUCACAUCCUGACACUCUUUAUCACACUAUCUUUGAGAAUUUUCCAUCCUUUCCCCAUCAUUGCUGCCCAUUUGAGCUGACAUUUCCUCACACAUCUAAUAAAGCUGAUUAAUCCAUACCUGAA